AUGUCAGGGACAACGAGAAAAAUACUUGAGAAAAAGAAUAGUUUAACAAAAGAAAAAGACCAAAAUGGGUGGACUCCACUUCAUUACGCUGCAUAUUAUGGUUGUUUUCAUGCUGCGGAAUGGCUUUUGAAAUCCGAUGAAUCUGCAGCAUACAUUGUUGAUAAAGAUAGAAAGAUGACAGCUCUUCAUCUAGCAGCCGGCCAAGGGCAUGCAAACAUAAUGGAAGCAAUUAUUUUCCAAUGUCCUGAUUGCUGUGAAUUGGAGACAAAUGGCAAAGGAAACCCUCCUCUCCAUGUGCUAGCUGCCCGACGUCCUGACUCGUUCUUUCAAGUCAUAGAAGAAGUUGGAGGGUUCCGUUCUGCCUAUAACAAGCAUAUUAAUAAUGUCGAAGAUGUAUUAUUUUAUGGUUCUCCCCAGCUGAAGGAAGAAAUCCGACAAUUAUGUGUUGAAACCGGACCCUAUCGACGAGCUAUUAUUCGUAGAAGAGGAAGACAGCAAAAUGAAAUGCCCAGUGAGGUGGCGAAAGCACAACCGUCUCAAUUAGUAGUAGUCAAACUCAUAGCAACAGUAACCUUCGCAGCAGCUUUCACAAUGCCUGGUAAUUACCAAAGUGAAGAAGGGCAAGGCCAAAACCAAGACCAAGGAACUGCAAUCCUAGCGAAAAAUUCUUCUUUUCAAGCAUUUAUUAUAACGGAUGCAAUAGCCAUGGUGCUCAGUUUCGCUGUCCUUGUCCACUUCUUUGUAUCAGUGGACACAUCUAGAUAUUGGCAUUUGAAUAUGUACGCCCAUCGGGCCACUGUGCUCGCCAUGGAAGCAAUGGUGGUUGCUUUUAUUACAGGCACAUAUGUAAUAUUAUCUCCUUCUUUAGGGCUUGCCAUUGUCACUUGUUUAGUUGGAUUGAGCUUCUUUGUAAGCCUAGUGUUUGUCUUGUUGAAGAAGCCGGUGAAGUGGCUGUGGCAGACCGAGUUAGAAGCUUAA